GUUGAACGAAGCGUUCUCGUUGUGGUUAGCUUACCGUCGCUGGAAGAGACAAAAACGGAGGGAAAAUAGAAUGUAUUUACUACAUCCAAUUCUUCAUGAUAGAAUGACCCAUAGUAUGUUUGAAACUUUGUAUCCAAAAUUAAGACAACAUGAGAAGAAAUUUUUUAACUACUUUCGUAUGUCCGUGAAAUCGUUUGAUGAUUUACUCUUAUUAAUUGGAGAAGAUUUAUUGCCACGUGCAAAUUAUGUUCCGCGCAAGGAUGUUGUUUCACCAGAACAGAAACUCGUGAUAACUUUAAGGUACUUAGCAACUGGCUGUUAUUUUGCUGACUUACAUUAUGCCUAUAGAUUAGGAAAAUCAACUGUAAUUGACAUCGUUCAAAAAACUGUGUAUGUUAUUUGGAAUAAGUUAAAAGAUAUAGUAAUGAAAGAACCUUCGACAGAAGAGUGGAUGGAAAUUGCAAGAGGAUUCGAAAAAUAUACACAUUUUCCUAAUUGCAUUGGAGCGGUUAAUGGGAAACAUAUUAGAAUUAUAAAACCUUUAGAUUCCGGCUCUAUGUUCUACAAUUAUAAACAUUUUUUUCGACUGUGCUGCUUGCCGUAUGUGAUGCAAAUUAUUGUUUUAUCUCUAUAGAUGUUGGAGCAUGUGGGAAGAGCAAUGAUUCAACGAUUUUUAAAAACUCCACAUUCUUCAAAAAAUGUUUGAACAUUCCGGGACCAAAACCAGUCUCAGAAAUUCGUACAACACGUUUACCUCAUGGUAUAGUUGGAGAUGAGGCAUUUAGCUUAUCAGAACAUAUUAUGCGACCAUAUUGCGGCAAGAAUUUAACCAAAGAAAAACGAAUAUUUAAUUACCGCCUCUCUAGAGCAAGACGUUAUAUUGAAUGUUGUUUUAGAAUCCUGGUAAACAAAUGGAGAAUAUUUCACAAACCACUCAAUGAAUGAAUGAAUUUGCGGAAAACAUAAUUAAAGCUUGUUGUGUUCUUCACAAUUACGUCAGGUUAAGAGAUGGAUACAGAUACGAAGACACAUUGUUCGAAACAGCUCUAGAUGGUCUGAGUACGACUACAAUUCGACCUGGUGUAAGGUCUCGAAACACGAG